AUGAGUUCGCGGAGGCCACCAAAGCAUAUAUCAUGCAGCCGCUGUCAGUCCAAAAAGAUUCGAUGCAAUAGAGUGGAUCCGCGAUGUGACAAGUGCGAAGCUGCUGAUGCAGAAUGCAUAUACUUGUCGAGAAAACCGCGCGCUAAGAAGCGAAGUCAUGUCACUGAGACUUAUAAGCAAGAUAUUCUUCUCAAUAUCCUCCGUCGUCUUGAGCGCCUGGAGGAUCACUGUAGUCUUGAUCGAGAUGCCGAGGAUCCCAAAGAUGCAUAUCACUCAUCGAUGUCUGUUUCAUCCGAUGACUCGGACAUCUCAGGACCCAACGAUGACGAGACCCAUACUCCAACCACGCGAGGAGUGGUGGAUACAGUACUGAGCCGGAUUAAUGAUCAAGGGGCUAGAUCAUUCAUUCGUUCCAACGUGUUCUACCACCUGGCGCAUGUGAAAUCUCGCUUUUUCGAUGACGAGCGCUGCAUCGAAACGAUAAAUGCUGCAAUGACAGAUAUUGAACGCAUGGAGGAUACACAUACAGAAGGCCAACCUGCAGCAGGGAUUUCCAAGGAGUUGGCUAAGAAAUGGAUACACUAUUACUAUGCUGGAUACGAGUUUGAGGGGUUUCGAGUUCCCUUGGGAGAGGAUUUCGUUAUGACCAUUCCAGACUUGCUGGAGAUUCCUCAUGUCCAGUUGGACUACACGUCCCAAAUAAUCUAUUACAACAUUCUUCUUCAAGGGCUUAUGUUGAGCACUGAUGAGUGCCCCGGAAGGGGAGGAAUUGUGCAAUAUCUCUACAAUACAUGUAUGACGUUGGUUGACGGCUGGCUAGACAAUGUCAAGCAUACGCCAGCAGACUUGUAUGCAGCAAUUCUUAUGUUAUCAAUGAUGCUUGAGGGCUGUAAUAGUGAACUCUCGUGGAAGAUAUUCGGCCAGGCCUGCACAAUCGCUAAGACUCUAGGAUAUUUCUCCGUUGAUGAGAAUCCCGCUCUUCCCGACAACCCCACAAAAAAGGAUACCGAAGUAGAAAAAAAUCGGAAGCGAUUUGAGUUCUGGCAUCUAUUGCGGACAGACUGCCUUUUCCGUCUGUCCUUCGGUAAGCCGGCCUGUAUUCAGAGAGGAUCAUGGACGGUAAAUCUGCCUGAUCCCUCUAUCAACGGUGUUGAAAAUGAGUCUACGCGGUUUAUUCAGAUUCAUUUUCUGGCAUCGAUGCGUCUAAACUUGAUCGCGCUCAAGUACUUGGAAUUGGUGGACUCCAAGCCAGAUCCAGAAACGGAAGCAUAUGACAAGACAAUCGACAACCUUAUUGCGGAAGUACAGUCCAUUAUGUCUGAUUGGAACACGGAGGAGUUAUCCAACACGACCACCAAUCAUGUCGACAUGUGGUUUUGUAUGGACGUUCUGUUCAGCAUUUACCAGAUGCUCAUCAUCUUCUACCAAUCGAAGAAGUGCAACCAGGGCAGCGAUGGCUUGCCACAUCGCACCGUAGAUAUUGCCAAAAAGUCUCUGCAGACAUUUCAGUCCCUCCUAGCUUCGGCUCAUCAACACGCGCUCUUUAAUAUCAGUCUCAUUUUGCUUCACCAAUUUGUCCCAUUCUUCAUCCUAAGCCUCGACAUCAUUGGAUCCCCUGAGCGUGAAAAUGUUGAGGCGGAUAUUGCCUUGAUAGUCUGGGCUAGUGAAACUGUCAAGAAGGCCGCUGAGGAGCGAGGGGACCUGAGACCAAUUAGGACCGUGAUGGCAGCAAUGGCCUUGGCUUGUCAACGAGCAAAUCCGGGUGCGAACUGA